AAAAAUAAAAAAACUCCCAUUCCACACCAGCGGAGUCGUACUUCCUCGCAGGCUCUCUACUACCGAAAUUCUCAAAAAAAGGAUUUCUUCCUUCGGAUUUUAAGCAGUCAGACCACGGUUUUGAGAUGACUGGAUUCUUCUGUUGUUCUCCAUGAUAGAGCUAUAGUCUUUAUGCUGGCUUGUCUACCAGGCAGCUCUUUUGAAUUGGGAAACUAGCAAUAGAUUUGGAAAUGGAGGACAUUGUUUCUUUGGAGGAAGACGGGAUUCAAGAAUUAGCCGCAGACGCAUUUCCAGAUUCAUUUACACAUAGUUGCAUCGAUGAUGAAGCACCCCCAAAAUCAUCGUGCCUGGUUUUGGAAAUAGGGGAAUCCAGCAGCAGCACUUGUACGACAGAAAUGCCCUGUUCUUGUAACAGUGCUGAACUUUCUGGUGGUUUCAGCAGCAGUGAGAAAGAGAAAAUGGUCAUCAGUCAGGACGGCACAAAACUCGGUCAAUGUGAUCGUGUUGGAUUGGGGAGAAGGUUUCAGAUUGCAGUUAGCUCUUGUGAUUGGUUUGUUGCGGAAAUUCUGAUUCCAUUUACAGAUAGGCAGGGUCUGAAUGACUUUUUGGGUGUUGCUUUGGAUGCCAUUUGGCUUCUGCGGACGGAGCGUGAACUUAAGGGUGUGUUAGAGUUAAUCAAGAAGCUUAUCGCUUGUGGUGCUACUGACUAUAGAGGAGCAAUGCUUAGGACCUCCUUUCUUGCUUCAUGUGUCUUGGUUUGUAGGUGCCGGACAAUGAGCUUACAGGAUACUGUCAAUAUCAUGGCCAAAAGGCUAAGCGAGCGUCUUGAAGAACGCGAGGGCAAUGCAGUUCUGAAGUCUGGAGCUGCUGCCAAAAUUCAGGGAUUUACGGAAUGGGCUUUGAAUUGUGUUGGUUUCUACUCCUAUUUCAAGGGAAACAAUGACAGGGUAAUGAACAGCUGGGUCAUUGAGCUUCAACUCCAGCUUUCUGCAUUCAGAGAACUUUUGGAUCUCAUAGGCGUCCACCUCACGGUGAAGGAUUUCACUGAGGCCUUUGACGCUGCAUGCUUUGCUCUCACACUCUUCUUCAGUGCGAUCGAUCCUGGUCGGGUGUCUGGAAUCACGUCGAGUGCAAUCCAAGGCUUCCUAGAAAUAUUGUUGGAGUGGGGCGCAGACGAUUUUAACCGUUGGGUUCUUCAAGCUUCUUGCUUCGGUAGUACCGAGCUGGUUCGCAUUCUCUUGCAGAUAUCCCAGCGCAACAACUUGGAUGUCGAUGUGGAUCUUGCUCUGGCCUUUGCGUCCCGCUUUUGCAAGAUUAGCACGAUCGAGUGCUUGGUGGUGGAAGGGAAUGCGACUGACUUCUUGGGCCCUCUCAUGAGAGCAGCGGGGAAGGGCUGCAUUCAAGUAGUCAAAUGGUUUGUCGAGAGGGGCUGCACUGAUAUGGAUCUUUGCCUGACACUCACGGCAGCAGCUUCAAGUAGUAGAAUUGAGGUGAUAGACUACUUGUUACCCAACGUGCCCCACCAUGUCCUUUCUACUUUGUGUAUAGAGCUGAUCAAAGCGGCCGGAGAACAGAGCAGCGAUUCGUUUGUUGGCAUUGGAUAUCUAAUGAGAUCGAAUUUCUUGCGUGAUCCGGAAGCGACUUAUGCAGCUGCAGAUUGUGUGGCGAAAUCGGAGGAUGAAACCAUCUCUCCAGAGUUGAGAGCCUUUUUCCAUGAUACGUGGUCUGAGGAUGCGUUCCUGCGUGGGCGGAGGUUUGGUCAAGACCACUAUGCGAACGUGAUGAGAGUUGUGAAACGGGGAUUGUCGCCUUUGAGUCUUCAAGAUCUACCAUUGUCAUUGCAGGUAGCAAUCGCAUAUUUGCCUCUGUACAGAGAAUGCAUAGAAGCUGGCGGGCCACUGCUUUCUCAAUGGUUGCGGGGUCAGCUGGUGGAGGCUGCUUGGAGGCUCGGAAAAGGAUCUUUCGACAACAUUGAGCAAGUCAUCUGGCGGACCAGAAAUGAUCUCCUCGCAGUUCUGGAGUGUCAUAUCCCAGUGUUCUUGCUGUAGCAGUUGGGUGCAACUUUGUUUCCUUUGUCACAUGUGCCGGAGCGGCCACAUGUGGUCGCGAUCCAAGCUGUUCAAUAGGUGGUCCUGCCUCAUAUGCUUUUUGGCUGAAAAAUCUGGCUGGCCUGCUCAUCAGGCGUGACGUGUACAGCAAAAAAAAAAUAAAAUAGAUGGUGGAAAGAGAGGUACCAUACAAUGCUUUGGCUGAAAGUUUGUACUGCAAUGGAUGGGUUUUUUUAGAUUUUAUAAGUGGGUACUGCAGUUAAAGUGAUCUGAACCGUUGAUAUCAUGGGCUCUAUUGUGGAUACACGGGUGGCCAAGGAACAAAUGGUUAAGAAAGAAAAUACAUCAAUGGUUCACAUUCAAGUAAGAAAGAAGCCAGAUAUUCAAAGAAGUAGGAUCUCCCAUAGAUAUGGACCAUCCAAGGUGAGGCCCAUGCUAUCAACUGUUUUUGAACCAUGUGGGCCCCACUUGAGGAAACUGAAAACCUUCACUAUGCUUUACAAAAGUUCACCCCGGCAUUGUAUUGUCUGGUCAAUGCCUCCAACAGAGUUUAAUCAAUGGUCUGCAUUCAACAUCCAAGCAUGGCCCAACUGAUGACCGGCUUGUCAUAAUUUAUGGCCUACAAUGCAUAGACCGUGUGGCCCAGAUCAUUUGCAAGUGUGCCACUUUGGCGUGCCUGAGAAUGGGAUGCUGAUCCUGCUUUGGGAGAGUUGGCCUUUGCAUUUCUUUUUCUUUUUCUUAAAUUUUUUUUUUUUUUUUUGGUGGUUGGGGGAUGGCACUUGUGACCGGUGCAUCCUAGCCGCUGAUACUCUUAGUUUCAGUUUCAAGGAGAUCCAUUAUGACGGACCAAGAGUUGUCCUACAUUACAUUGCAGCUAGAAUUUUUCUUUAGUUGGACCGUUAAUCUUGUAAAUGACCCACAACACUUGUGUUGAUUGAACGAUCCCAGCCAUUUAUCUU